UAUAUAUGGGGAUACUGAUGAUGUUUUGAAAAUGAUGUAGACUCUAAGUAUUAUGACCCAUCUUUUCCAUGUAUUUCUGAAGCAUUUGGUCAUUUCUGCAUUUUAAAACUUCAAUAACUUCUAUAGUACUAUUUCAGAUAUCCCAUUUUCAGAAAAUGUAGGAUUGUAAGGAAAACAUAGGCAUUGUUUUUGACAAGAUUGCUUUCAACAUUUUACACUGUCUUAGUCUUUGCUACCACUUUAAGUAGAGUGUCAAUUUUAUCAAUAAUACAGUAAUAAUUUAAUUAUAAGCUACUUGAAUAUAAUAGCUUUAGAGCCUGUUCCCAUAUUAAAGACUUAAAAACUAUAUGAAAUUAAAAACGAGAUAUUAAAAACUUGUAAAAACAGAUCUCUUAAAGAGGCACAACCGUAUCCUGAUCAUUACAGCAUUCAACAUGUGCCUCUUUAAUUAAUGUUAAGAUUCUUGGGUCAAAUAAAUUUGAGAAUAUUUGGUAUUUCAGCUGUAAGAGCUUUUAUCCAAGGAAAGAAAAACAAUGGAUUCUUCAGUCAAUACAAGAUGAAGGUUCAGACUGUAUUUAAGGGUAGCCGUAACUAUAGAAGCUUGAAGAGAAUGAAGAAGAGAAUUUUCUUUACCCCCUCUAACCCACUGCAUUGUGGAAUUCAUAUAAGCUCUCACAAACAUUACAUUAUCUCAGGUAUUGCAGAGAAAAAUCUCCCAUUCAGUGACUCCUGUAUGUACAUAUCAGACUGGCCAGAGUCUGUGGAGGAGAGGAGGGCAUUGGGGGCAGUCCUGCAAUCAUACUCAAAGAACUGUGAAUGCAGGGUAGAUGCUAUUUUAGUUUAAUCAAAUGAUACAAUAAAUCUCUUUGUUUUUGUUUACUGACAUGUGAAUUUUUAAAAUGGACAUUCUUUGUUAUGAGUAUUUCAAACUCUUAC